UUUGCUCCCUCCCCCUUCUUUUCUACUCGCCCCGAAAAAACAGAAAAAAAAAAGAACAAAAAAAAAAAAAAAGGACUUCAUCAAUCUUCUGGGAGGCUCUCUGUUUGCAGGUCACGCACGACACUUCUCCUCUUUUCUUCUUUCUCUUCGUAUCGGGGGCUGAGAUGAUACCGAUCAGUCCGACGUACAUAUCACGGUAAACAAAACAAAACAAAAGUCUCUCAUCGGGGCUUGGUGGGCUCAGCAACAUCACUCAGUCGAGCCGAGUCCAGUCGAGAAGAAACAACCCCCGCAGAAAACAAACUUUGGAGGCAUCAUCAUCAUUACUCUCACCACCCACAGAGACAACACCAAAACACCCGGGAAUGGCCUCCCCAACCACACCCGGCGACGACCGGCCCUCGACCCCGACGCCCUCCCAACUUCCCCCCGUCCCUGGGUCGCCAGUCUACUCUCUCGCCUCGACCGCGAACCCGCUCUCGUCCUAUCACCUCCCGCUGCCGCCCCCGCCGCGGCCCGUCCACGCCGUCUUGACCAAAUCCGACCUCGAGCUCUCCCAGACCGCCUACUCCGACCUCAUCCAGACCGCAAAGUCCUACCGCCUCGCCCUCGCCUCGCUCUCCACUGCCGCCUCCUCUUUCGGUUCCGCCCUCGAGUCUUGCGCCCGUCUGAAGGAGGCCCGUGCCGAGUCCCUGUCCUCCGCCUCCCAGCCCGGCGCCGCCCUGUCCGCGAGCUUCACCGCCGGCGCCAAGGGCUCUUGCACCGCCGACCUGCUGCUGUCCGCCUCGGGCGUCCACCACCUCGUCGCCAACCACCAGCAAAUCCUUUCCGAGACCGUCUACCGCGACUUCGAGGUGCCCCUGCUGCACGAGCUGGAUAAGUGGCGCCAGCGCGUCGACGACGAGGAGGACGCAUACGUGCGCGAGGUCAAGGCCCGCAACCUCGAGAUCAGGCGGCUGGAGAAGGAGGGGCUGAAGCUCCACAAGCAGCGCCGCCGCGACGUCGGCAAGUUCAGGGCCCACCUCGUCGACCUGACGACCAAGCUGGACGGUCUGACGUCUCUGCACGGCGACCAUGCUAGGACCUUGCUGCGCGAGAGCCAGGACACGAGCGGCCGCAUCGUCGAGGCCUCGUGCAGCCUCGUCCGCGCCGAGGUCGACAUCUUCGAGUCGCUUGCGAGAAAGGGCUGGAGCGGCGGCGGCCUGGACGAGCUGCUGGAGAGGGGAGCCGACCUGUUCGCGAGCGACGAGGUCGGCGAUCACCAUCACUCGGGCGUCGUGGGCGGCGGGACCGCCGAGGCCGCGAAGCUGUUCAGCAUCCUCCCGCCCAAGAGCAUUCUCGCCGACGCCGCCUCGGACGUAACGCGCCACGGCGGCGGCGGUCACAAGCGAGGCGACAGCCUGCUGAGCGACCCGGACCGGUACCAGAGCCUCGCGGCCGCCGCGACCACCGCCGCGUCGCCGGGCCUCGGGGACGACAACGACGCCGACAGCAUCUUCUCCGAGACAAACUUCAACAGGCCGCGUGGCGUGCGGCCCUUUUCACCGCAGCCCAUCAGGCGGCACGCUACCGACGUGACGUUUGACAGCCUCGGUGUCGGGCUGAGCGAGGAGUCGCGUGUAGUCGACAGGGUUGAGGAGGAGGAGGUUGUCGUUGAGGAGAGCCGGCACGAUGUGCUGAGGGAAGAAGAGCACGAGGGCGAUGAUAGGUGCGAGGGCGAGGGCGAGAACUUGGCCAAAGGGGAGGCGCCUUCGCAGCCGUUGUCGCCUUGGGCCGACGAGGAACAGGCUGAGGAGGCCAACAAGCAGACCCUAGGCGAAGAGGACGACGAAAAGGACCACAGAGCUAGCACUCCCGCCGUGAUAGAUGCCGAGGAGGAGAGGGAAAUUGCACACGGGACGGCGGACAGGGGACGACAGCCCGUCAGGCGUUGGAGUGUAAAUGAAGAGGACGACGCUUAACUUUCUUUGGGUGGGAGGGGGAGAGGCCUUUCUUUUCAAUCCUGAGAGGGUUUUUUUUUUUUUUUUACUUCGGGCGGCGGCGAAGGAGACUUGAUGAUUAUUACUCUUUUGUUUAUACCCAUUUAGAGGCGUUUGUUUCUAUGGACGUGGAGGAGGGGGAACGAACGCUCUACCCCCUCCCUUAACCCUUCGGCGCACGCGCGCUGCAUACAUAUAAACUCUUACAAUUCGUUGCACACAGGAUACACCCAUUCUUUCACCCUGUUGCUCUCCAACCCCCUUUGACUCUUUCCCCUUUCUUCUGUGGGCGACCUUUCUCUGCUUCAGAUUCCACCUCAACUUCUAUGGAAAAAAAAAAUGAUGAAAAUGCGCGCGCGUGGUAUUCGUAUGGACAUGAAAACUUUUUAUAAACCCUCCCCCCUUCCUCCCACC